AUGGACGAUUGUUCACGAGCAGAAAUUCUAUAUACUAUACCAAUAAUCGCUAUACUGAAACUAAAGAAUUUAAAUAUUGAUCAGAUCAAAUCAUUUGAAUGGCUUCAGUCACCAUCGAUUUCUAAUUUUCAAGAAGCUGAUCAAUUACUGAUUUGGCUAAAUGCAGUUGAUCCACGAGGUACAUUAACUCAACUUGGCAGAAAUAUGGCACUACUCGAUAUUGAUCCAAAAUUAACAGCCAUGUUAUAUAAGGGACAAGAACUUGAUUGUCUAUCGUAUGUACUGAUUCUAGCUGGUAUGCUAACUGUAUCACAGAAUAUUUGGUGGAUUAGUGAAGAUCAAAAAUCCAAAGGUAUGAAUUUACGAGCACGUGCCGAAUUUAGUCAUGAAAGUGGCGAUCAUAUCACAUUAAUUAAUAUAUAUUUAAAAUGGAACGCAUUUUGUGCUAAAAAUAAAGACAAAAGACAACAAUAUGAGUGGUGUAAAAAUAACUGUAUUAAUGGAAAAUCAUUAGAAAUAGCUUACGAAUUUAUUCAAGAAAAAGCCAAACAAAUGGACUAUAAAGUAGAACUUCAUGAUAGUGAAAAUUUAAAUGACAAUGUAAUUAAUCGUCUUUUACAAUGUAUAACAGCUGGCUAUUUUAUGAAUUUAGCUGUGUCGAUUGGGCCAAUGAGACCUGGCUAUCAAAUUAUUUCUACUUUCUCUCAAACGACUAAUGAAUUAGUAAUAGCACGUGCAUUUCAUACAUCGACAUUGUUGCUGAGUGAUCAAACCCAUAAGUACGUUUUAUAUAAUGAAUUAUUAAGUCGCCAUGGAACUAAUUAUCUCACAGUAUUAUCUUCAAUUGAUCUUAAUUGGUUAAAAUCUGUUUCAGAAGAUUGGUAUAAAGCUAUAAAUGGAGCUAAUUUACAUACGAUUCCUUAUGAAAGCUUUGCAUUCGAAAAUGUAGGAAGAGCACUAUUGGAAGCAAUCACCGGUAAAAAUGCUUGUCAGUUGAAUAGACUUGAAGAUAUCACUCAAGCCACGAUUGAUAUUGAUUAUAAACAAUCAAAGUUAACAAUAUGGUCAAGUGCAGCUAAUUUAAGCAAAGCAAAGAAAAUCGUUCAAGAAACUAUUGAGAAAGAAAAAGAAAAAUUAUUGUUAGAAGUUGAAGAGAUACAAAUUGUUGGAAGAACUCGUAUUUUAAUGGGUGCAGGAGGUGUUAGUCAAAUGAUUUUAUUCGCAGUUCGUAAAAUUGAUUUUAUUCGAUACACCGACGAUUGCUCGUGUUUUGCAGUCACAUAUGCAAAAGUCGAACAAGCACGUUUUGCUUUUAAUCAAUUGAAGGGUUAUAUUGAGCAAGAUCGUGAAAUAGCCGUUAGUAAUUCAUGUGUGAAAGUUGAAGCAGCUAUAGGUAAGCAAAGUUAUCGCCUAAAAGCUAUAUGGUAUCUGACACAGUCCACUGGCAAUGGAAGAAUUUUGUUUCAAAAAGAAAAAAGUGCUCGCGAUGCUUAUGAACUAUUUAAAAGAUUACAUUAUCGAUGUCGUUAUGAGCAUCUGUCUAAGCUACCUACAAUAAAAGUUACUUAUUGUCUUGCUAAAAGUAAUCAAAAAGCUUUUAUAAAUUUUCGAUCAUUUUGGAACUCAACCAAUGCUCGUUCUCGAAUACAUUUUCCAGAGAAGUGUAAAAUUAUACAAAAUAGACAGAAUCAUGGAAGCUCAUUGCUAUUGGAAGGCUUUUCAGAAGAUGACGAUGAAGAAGAUAUACGCAGCCGUUUUCAAGAUUGCGAUGGUUUCGUUGGUGUGCAAGUUUUACGUGGAAGAAAAGGGGAAAUAUUUGUAAGACCUGCCUCAGCAGAAAAUGAUAUUAAGGCAAUAUUUAAUCAUUAUAAAUCAUUUCAACGAGAUACAGUAUCAUUUAAUCCAAAAAUUUGGUAUGGUAAAGUCGAAGCCACCGUUGAAUUUUCGGAUACAGUAGAAUUAAAAAAUGCAAUUAAAGAAAUGAAUGGAAAAACAGGAAUCAUCGGUCAUGGUAAAGUAAGAUUAUUGGAACAACUUCGAACAAGGAAAGAAGAUGAACAUGUUCUUUAUUUUCAAUAUCUUAAUCGAUCAUAUGAUAAAUAUGAUCUUAUUAAAAUUCUAAAAGAAAAUCAAUUGUAUGAUGAUGUAAAAACUGUGAUAGUUUAUCGUCAAAAGUGGGAAAAUGAAAAUUCGACAACGACAGGACCGAACAAAGUUCACUUUGACUUAGAAGCUUCCUCGGAAAAUCUUCGUUCUUUGUUUCUUAGUAAACCAGAUUUAUUUCAGUCAAUACCUGAUUUUCAGAUACCACACUGCGCAUCUGAUGGAACUGCCACAGCAUUCAUCCAUUUCAAUGAUCCUGUUGAUAUCACAACAGCUAUACAAACAUACGAUAAUCAAGUAAUUCAACUAUCUAAAGAUUCAAGUAAACUGCAUCUCCUUCCGUCGAUUGCACAUGAAACAAUUAUUAGUGCAACUUUGAGAAAAACUAUUCCUGAUAAGAUUCAAGAGGCUAUUCAAUAUGGUCGCGAGAAAUGUAAGAGAAUUCGUAUCAAAGUUAC